AUGACCAUGCUUAAAGCAGGAGAUGCUCAAAGCUUGAUCAAUAUGUUCAAGACAAAGCAAAUUGAAGAUCCCAUGUUCUUCUACACUGUGCAAGUGGAUCAAGAUAAUCGAAUGACAAACUUUUUAUGGAGAGACGGAAAGUCGAAAACCGAUUUUGAUUGCUUUGGUGACAUAGUAAUGUUUGAUACCACCUACAGAACCAAUAAAUAUAACAUGAUUUGUGCUCCUUUCGUUGGGGUUAACCAGCACUGGAAAAAUGUGUUGUUCGGUUGUGCAUUUUUGCUAGAUGAAACAACUGCUUCGUUUAUUUGGUUAUUUGAGACAUUCUUAGAAGCGAUGGAAGGCAAAAAACCGAAGACUAUUUUCAUUGAUCGAUGUCAGGCAAUGGCAAAUGCAAUUGAAAAGGUUUUCCCGGAGUCACGCCAUCGGUUAUGUUUGUGGCACAUAUCAAAGAAUGCGACACAUAAUAUUAGUUGUCUUUUACAAAAGUCUGAUUUUGGUGAGCUUUUCCGAAAGUUUCUUUUCGGAUGUGUGACAACAGAUGAAUUCGAGUCUACUUGGAAUGAAAUAAUUACGAAGUUUACACCUUCAGGAAGCACAUGGCUGGAGACACUUUAUGAACUCCGUGAAAAUGGUGUGCAUUAUUCAGUAAAGACACAUUCUCUGCUGGAAUACUAUCUACACAAAGAAGCAGAAAAAAUGCGUUCAAGCGAAUUGGAGGAGACCUUUCGUUGCAAUAAUGGAAUACCUUCUAAGGCAGCAAAAAGUAGCGGAUUUAAGAAGCAACCUGGUAUGGUCUACACUCGAAAAAUUUACAAUCUGUUUGAGUCUGAGUUUAUUGCUAGCUUGGCAGUGAAAUGGGAGGAAGUUGGAAGUGAUGGAACUGUACAGAAAUUUGAGCUUAAUGAGGAGGGCCAUAAGAGAGUGUACACUGUCCAAUUCAAUUUUGAUAAUAUGACCGUCUCUUGUAGUUGUCAGAUGUAUGAGUCUAUGGGUUGGUUAUGUCGCCAUGCUUUGAGGGUAUUAAAUGUGAAACAUAUCACUAAAAUUCCAGCACAAUAUAUACUGAAGAGGUGGACAAAAGAUGCAAAGAAAGGAGUAGAGACAAACAUUAUGCAACAACAAGUCAAAAUGAAGUCUACAGUGACAUUAUGCAGGAAUUCUUUAAUACGAAAAGCUUACGGUAUAAUCAACAAGGGAGCAGAGACAAGUAAUGGUAGCGACAUUGCAUUGCAAAUGUUGAUGGUAGCAGAAGAGUUAAUUGAAAAAUAUAUGGAGAAAUUAUCUUUGGAAGGAGAUGUCAAUGAAAGAAUCAAUAAGGGUUCAGAUCCUAAUACUUCCAGCGGUAGUGCUAACAAGGACGAAAUUCCAUUUCAGAGUGUGAGUUUCCCACUCACUAAUGUUUACACUCCUUACACACUAUAUAAUGAGAAUCCUACUUCUAUGUUACCAUUUCCUGCACUGAAUUUAACAUAUCCAAAUAUGCAUCAAAAUCCAUCAGCAAGGAUUGCUACAACCAAUUUAAAUAGUCAAAUUCCUCAACAUAGUCAGAGAACCCAGAUGAGGAGAGGAUACUGGGGUCGGGCAAUGGUAUAUGAGGAAGAGGAAGAAGGCGACGAAGCAGAGGAUGAGGAAGAAGAUGCGGCUUAUAAGAUCAUUAUGAAAAAAGCUUCGACGAUUAAAGAUAUUCGUCAAGAGAAAGAGGAAAGAAAAGAGGAAAGGGAGCAAGAUGCUUUUACCAGGUGA